AUGGCAGGGCAAGAGGAUCUGGUGCAGCGGGAAAUCCACAAGGACUGGGCAAACCGGGAGUGCAUUGAGGUCAUCACCAGCAGCACCAAGAAAUCGUGGACUUUGUCAAUUCAUUCAAUAUCAAGACUUGUAAAACUAAAUGAGAAAUUGACAGCCGUUGGCCAGACGAUAGAAUACAUUGAAGCCAGGGUGACAAAAGUCUUUGUCUCCGCUCCACCUUUGGCAGGGAGUGGGGACUGUCAUGGCAGAGACCCUUACCCUGGCCAGGUGAUGACCAGAGAAUAUUGUUGCUGA